GCGCGACUCUAACGGUGACUGGCGCAAGUGUCAUCCAAUCAACUGCCUGUGCUCCUGAGUGGGCGGGAACAACGUCCUUGUGUCCACCAAUGAAAACUCUCCGAGCGUCCACUGAGUAAGGAGCCGUCAGCUGACUGUGUUUAUCAUCUAUUAUACACGAGACUCGAGCGGAGACAGACGCGUAUCACUGUGAAUCCAGAACACAUGUCAGUUUAUCCCUUAUUCACAAACUGACCUCUUCAGAAAGAUGCAGUUCAUGCUGUUGUUCAGCAGACAGGGCAAGCUCCGUCUGCAGAAAUGGUACGUUCCUCUGUCUGAUAAGGAGAAGAAGAAGAUCACGCGGGAGCUGGUGCAGACCGUUCUGGCCCGUAAGCCAAAGAUGUGCAGCUUCCUGGAGUGGAGGGACCUGAAAAUCGUGUAUAAAAGAUACGCCAGUCUGUAUUUCUGCUGUGCCAUUGAGGACCAGGACAACGAACUGAUCACACUGGAGAUCAUCCACCGCUACGUCGAGCUGCUCGACAAAUACUUCGGCAGUGUUUGUGAGCUGGAUAUCAUCUUUAACUUCGAGAAGGCGUAUUUUAUCCUGGACGAGUUCCUGCUGGGAGGCGAGGCUCAGGAGACGUCCAAGAAGAAUGUCCUGAAAGCCAUCGAGCAGGCGGAUCUGCUGCAGGAGAAUCUAGAUUUUCAGAUCCGUCUGCUUCCAGCAGGUGUUUUGAGUCCGAACAUAUCGUCCGAGUCCACAGGACUGUUCCAGAGUUAAAGCGCUUCAGCCCCGACAUGAGUACUUUAACGUUCCCGUGUACUGAUUGGCUGCAUGCUGAGCCCCUCCCCCUGCACGCCUGCUGGCUCCGCCUCUGUCUCAGCACCAUCCAAUCACAGAGCUGCAUCUUGGACCCAGUAUCACCUGCACACUCGUCAUGUCUCGUUCAUGUUUGACCGUGUGUGUGUGUGUGUGUGUUUUAACUGUGUCUGAAAACAGGACGUUUUAUUUUAUGCAGAUUUGAUUCUCAAGUAACUUAAAGUAGUAGUUCACUUCCAGAAUGAAUAUCUCCAGAUAAUUUACUGCAAUCCCAGUCGAGGGAUAAAGUCUAAUCUAGCGAAACGAUACGUCAUUUUCCUUAAAAAAAACAAAAAAAAAAACUGUGUAAAUGCAGCAAAACCUCAGGCCAAAACAUGCAUAAAAACUGAUUUUACAAACCCAAUGCAAAUGCUUUCUUGAAAGUAUAUAUUUAAAAUAACGGAGUACUAUUAAAUAUGAGGUGUCUGUAUAAUGUGAUCUCAGUGAACUCACAUGAAAUCAUGUUUACUCGUGUUCAGCGGAUGAUAAAUCUAGUCAUUUUAUAAAUGCACAUCAUGACAACUUCAGAUUUAGUUUCUUUCUUGAUUUAUUUAGUAAAAAAGAUACAGCAAAUAAGCAAUUGUUUUUAAUUUGUAUUUUUUUAACCCCGUAAUGCCUGAAAUGUUAAAUGGUAGUCAAACAUAUGUCAUAGUUUGCAUAUGCAUCAUAUUUGCUCCAUCAGGCUUUUAUGGCUCAUAUAAUCUGAUAUAAUGAGAAUAUGGAGGAAAAACCGCUUGGAUUUUAUUCAGAGACUAUAAAAAAUGAGAAUGUAAGUCAUGAUUUAGUCGAUCUGUCGAUGAAUGAAUGUAAAGUCACGUGUGUUUUGUAAAGCUGUAGAAAUAAACAAAUGAAAUGUGA